AUGCCUGGAUCAAGUACGGCAUCGUCCAGCCCGAUUCAGUCCAGCCCCCAGCCGAGGGCGCGGGCCGGCACAAGGCCGGCCGAAAGACCAGAGGGACAUACCACAAUCCAAGCUGCAGACUACAGCAGCCAUGAAGAAGGCAACUUCAGGGCGAGAGCCUUCCCCGUUUACCUCGGAUCAGAGCGUAAAAGACGAUUGACCAGUACCGGCGAGGAUGCGAGGUUGCAAAGGGGACAACCUGGGGGCACGGCUGGACCGGUCCCAGAAAAUGGGGAAUCCUCCAGGAGUAUAUUGCCGCAUAGGUCUGUUUCGAUGGUCCUGCCUUCAUCUCGAACCAGGUCUUCUAUUUCUGCAGCACCUGGCUCGUCAUUUGCAACAGCAAUUGAUAUUUCUUCCUCGCCCCCAGGCACGCCUCGUUCUUCUACAACUGGCGAACAAUUGGUGGGUUUUCCUCGACAGGAGAACCCAACACCCUGGAUUAAUCAACCUCCCCCUGAUACGUCUCUUCACAAUAAUAUACCCUCAGCGGUGAUGGAUAUAACCCUCCCCAAAUGGCAGGCAGAUUCGGAAGUGUCAGAAUGUCCGAUCUGUGGGAUAGUCUUCAACUUCUGGCACAGAAAGCAUCAUUGUCGAAAGUGUGGGAGAGUUGUGUGUGCAUCAUGUUCCCCGCAUCGGAUCACAAUUCCUAAACAAUAUAUUGUCCGCCCUCCUGAGUUUGUCGACAUCCUCCCCGAUUCUCCACCAAUGCCUUCCUCCCAUUCUCCACCGGUCGUCGAUCUCACUGGAGACGACCAUGUCUUAUCAUCGCCAAGAUCAACAGCAACAACUAAUCCUGCUCUGGGCGGAGGCGAAGAAGUACGACUUUGCAAUCCAUGCGUGCCAGAUCCGAACCCGAACCCUCUUGGCUACAAUACCAUGCGGGCACACGGCCACCGAUCCACACAUUCUCAUUCUCUUUCAUCCACUAUGGCCAACGCAUAUCAUGCCUCAUCAGGUCCAAACCAGAAUUCCGAAGCUCGCCAGGAACGACGAACCGUUGGCGCAAACGACCGACCACAAUUCUUGAACGAACUGAACUCGCGACCCCGUCAAGUCCCUCCAGCCACCAGUAUAACCCGGCCGCGUCGUUCAUUUUCUAGCCGGGAGGGUAACCCGCCCCGCGGAUCUACGCUGGACGAGGGUGAUUUCUGCCCCGUAUGCAGACGUCAAUUUCCUCCACUGAGUUCCGAGCAGCCUCUUGAGGCGCGCCAAGCCCACACCAGGGCGUGCAUCGAGGGCUAUCUGAGACCUGCUGUUCCGCCGCGCACAUCAUCCGUGCGACAGGGUCCUCCACCGCCUCAACCUCCACCAUCAGCCCGCAUGCUUCCAUUUGUGGCCACAGAAAAGGACUGCCUCGGUGAGGAUGGCCAGGCAGCGGAGUGCACGAUAUGUAUGGAGGACUACGAGGUUGGGCAGACCCUGGCCCGCCUUGAGUGUUUGUGCAAGUUUCAUAAGCACUGCAUUGUCGACUGGUUCGAGAGGAAGAUGGAGUGUCCUGUCCACAAGCUUUCUUGA